GUGGUGUUGGAACGUAUCUGGUCGGGUUCUGACUUGCUUAUCUAUCUGGUAGCGGCGCAACCCAGAUCAAGGUAAACCUGAGAUAUGUCCUGGAAACAUGAAUGAAGUUCAAAGAAUCACCAAACGGUAUCUCCAAAUUCCUAAAGAAAAACGUGAUAAACUAAUCUUGGAUGACAAGAAAAAAGAGAAGAUUCGUGAGUAUGAUGAAAUGCCUAUGUCAAGACAGGUGAAUGGAUUUAGUAUCAAUCAGCUUGAACAGUUGCGUAGCAAAUUGGGAUCCAAAAUUGAAAUUUUAAGUGAGAAAAUUCAGUCCAUGGAUGGAGGAGGAGCAGGGAUGUCCAAUGAAGCCUCACAGAAAGAAUACCCUUGCUAUAAUCCAGAGAGAGCUUCUGAUCAUGAACCCACUACUACUACAACUUGGAAAAACGAUACUGCGACAUUGGAGCCACUUUCUUAUACCAGACCCAUGGAAGUUAUCCUAUCUGAUUAUCCACCGAUGUUCUUCAAUAAUGCCGCUGAUAUGAUGGCUCCAAUGACUCAACCAAUGAGCAGUUUCAAUUUUGAAAAUUUCUGCAGUGGUGGUAUUAGCAACGAGUCAAACUUUACUUAUACUGGUCCAAUGGACACUCAGAUGAUGAUGAUGCCAUCUACUGGAUGUCGUGAGAUGGAGAUUGGAAGUCUGGGAGCAUCACCAUGGUUUUUGCAACCAUCCUUAUUGCAGUGAACGUGAUCUUUAUCUGCCAUCUUGUCAUUAGAUGUGCAUCAGCAACCUUUUGAGAUUUGUUUGAUUCUUAAUUUAAGAGCAAGAGGACCAGACUUUUAGUUGUUUAUAUUUUUAUGCUUCGCAUAUAUCCUUGUAUGCAAAUGCAUCUUUUUGGAUAGUUUAGUUGGUAUCUGAAUUUUGAACUCCU